AUGGCAUUAAAUGGUAAAACCGCAGUAGUGACUGGAGCAGCGAUGGGGAUAGGAAAAGCAAUAACAGAGAUACUCCUGCAAAACGGUGCCAAGGUAGCUCUCCUGGAUUGGAAUGAAACUGCAGGGAAGAGUUUGAAGGAAGCCCUUGACAAACAGUACGGACAAGAGAAUACACUGUUCUUCAAAUGCAAUGUUGAGUCAGAGGAGCAAAUAAAAGCUGCCUUUCAGAAAACUGUAGAAACCUUUGGAGGAAUAGACAUCUUGUGCAAUAACGCCGGCAUCAUGAAUGAGACAGAGUGGGAGAAAACCAUUUCCAUAAACCUUGUGGCUGUCGUCAGGGUGACCUACCUGGCUCUGGAGCACAUGAACAAGUUGGCUGGAGGUCGUGGUGGAGUCAUGGUCAACACUGCAUCCAUUACAGGUCUCCUUCCAGUUAGGUGCUGUCCUGUCUAUUCAGCAGCUAAGCAUGGAGUGAUCGGCUUCACUCGAGCCUUUGCGGCUACCUCUGCCGGUGCAGGCUACGGUAUACGGAUCAACGCCAUUUGCCCUAGUUUUGUCCGAACUGACCUCUUUUCCAACAUUUCCAGCAGUUUGGGACAAUUUUGCCACCUUGCUGCAUCAGCCGAAACACGUGAAAAGACAGGGGUUAUAAAUCCAUCUGAGGUAGCCAAGUGUGUCCUCCAGCUGGUGACAGAUGAGACGAAGAAUGGAGAGGCCUUACUGACCUCCUUCUACCACCUCCGGAACAUUGCCAAACUCCGUUCCACGCUCAGUCUGUCAGAUGCAGAACAACUGGUCCACGCCUUUAUCUCCUCAAGGCUCAACUAUUGUAACGCACUCCUCAUUAGGACCCCUAGUAAGAGCCUACAAAAACUGCAACACAUCCAGAACAGCACCGCUCGGGUCCUGAUGAGGUCCAGGAUGCAGGAGGCUCUCAUCGGAAUGCUGGAUGAUAAGGCUGGUCAGCCGAUGCUUUGGGUCAAGCAAGACCGGGCGGAUGUUGUCUGGUUCCAGAUGCUCAGCUCUCCGUAA